AUUGUCCGUGUUCGCACGGCGCGGUGCGGCACGACUGGGGGAAUGGCCGAGGGAGCUGAUUUAAUCGACAUUUACGCGGAUGAAGAGUUUAACCAGGAGACUGAUUAUGUUGCAAAUGAUCAAGUUGACCUUUACGACGAUGUAAUAGCAGCUGCUGAUAGUAAUAACCACGAAGAUCAAAGUUACGAUGAGAUAUUACCACGGACACCUGGUGAGCCACAGAAAACAGAAAAUAGCACCAGGCCAACUAUAGUGUACACAUAUGGAGGGAAACGGCAAGCUGUCUAUGUGGGAAACCUAACGUGGUGGACAACUGAUCAGGAUGUGGCAGAUGCUGUCCAUUCAGUUGGUGUACAGGAUCUAUUGGAAAUCAGGUUCUCUGAAAACCGUGCCAAUGGGCAAUCAAAAGGGUUUGCUGAAGUAUAUCUGGGAUCUGAAAGUUCUGUCCGGCGUCUCAUGGAGUUACUUCCACAAAGAGAACUUCAUGGACAAAGACCAGAGGUCAUGCCUUGCAACAAACAGAAUCUCAACCAGUUUGAAGCACAAUCCAAGAAAAGACAGAAUCCUCAGAGAAGCCAGUCACAUGACUCAAUAAAUUCUCCAGACCACCGUGAUUCCCCAUUGCCCCGGAGAGGGCCUUCACCAGCUGAAAAUGCAGCUGCUCCCCCCAGGAGGGAUAAGUUACCACCUUCCUUCCAGAUGUCUGGGCGGAAUCCAUAUGGUGAUAUUCCACAUGGAAUUCCACCCCCAGGCCUCCUUCCCCCUCAUAUGCCACUUCCUCUUAACUCUGGAUAUGGACCACCACUUCAGAUGCAGCCUGGGCCUCUGCCCCCACCAGGCUCAUUCUUAGCUCGACAUGGCCAUCCAGGAUCUAUUGUACCUCCAUUGCCACCUGGACUCCCUCCCCACCUAAUAGUGCCUCCUCCAGGUGCUGUUCCACCUGCGCCCCACAUCAACCCAGCAUUCUUUAUACCACCAAAUGCUGGCUUGCCUCCACCAGUUGAUAAUAGAGGCCCCCCACCGCCACCAUCAGAUGCCUUUGGAAGGCCACCACCGACUCAGUUCAACAGAGAGGAAUUCAAGCGUGGAAGAGAUCCUGACCUCAGUAGUCCUCCUUUGAGUGAAGCAGAGUUUGAAGAGAUGAUGAACAAGAACCGUGCAAUCUCUAGUAGUGCCAUCUCCAAAGCUGUCGCUGGGGCCAGCACAGGAGACUAUGGGAAUGCGAUUGAGACAUUGCUUACUGCCAUUGCAUUGAUCAGACAGUCAAAAGUUGCAGCAGAUGACCGCUGCAAGGUUCUGGUCAGCUCCCUGCAGGACUGCCUCCAUGGAAUCGAGUCCAAAUCAUACGGGUCAGGAUCCAGAAAAAGAGAUCGAUCACGAGACCGAGAGUAUAGCCGCUCUCACGACAGGAGCCGCAGGCACAGGGAGCGCUCUCACAGUGAAGAUCGACAUGAAGACUAUUAUCGUGAGAGGAGCAGGGAACGUGAUCGACAUAGAGACCGAGACCGUGACAGAGAAAGAGAUCGGGAAAGGGAAUAUAGGCACCGCUAAGUCUGUAGAGGAGAGUUUUCAUCUUUGUACAGAUCCUGGAUCAGGAGAAAAAUUUAAAAAAAAUCAGGAAGACAUUUUGAAACGAGUGAAGAAAGGAGCUGAAUUCUUGGGAGAAGUGUGUGCACCAAGGCCUGUAGAAAGUGAAGUGUUAGUACAUACACAGCUGCAGCUUGAAGAAUUUCUCCAGAUUGAAAUGGAUUUCCAGAACAUAUUAUGUCGAACAACCUGUUUUCAACAAUUACAUUAAACAUUUUAUACAUUCCCUGUUUCUUUAAGGGUUGCUGGCUGGUCAGAACUUUUUACUGAGGGAGCAUCUUCAAAAGGAGGCUGCAUGUUUGAUUUCUGCCAUAAUUGCCCAUGCCAAUCUUUUCAUUGCUCACUGAUCAUAUUGAGCCUAAAACCUGCUGAGAGUCACUGGUAAAACUUCUGGGGGUAAAAUGUCAUCAGUAAUGUGCAUCAUCUUGAAUAAAACCCUACAACUAAUGUUAUCUGUUUUGUUUUCUGUGGGUAGCAUUGGAACAGUUCCUCUGAUCACUCACGAUUUCAUUGGCAAUAGCAAUCAAAAGGAAACGUUCCUACUAUGAAUUUUAACACUUUCCAUGUUGCAAAUGUGCAGGUGAAUAGUGACUCUCAGUGCUCUGUCAAGGAAUAAAUACUUGUUAAAACUCUUUUGUAUUUAGAGAAGAUAGGGUGCAGGACAAAGAACCUUUUGCACCUGUGUGCCAAGAACUGGUGAAGACCCUAUUUUUUAAAAAAUUGUACAUAGACAGUGCUGUUGUCGUCCAGAUCACCCCAUGUGUAUCGUGAUACCAACUUGGAUCACAUCCGGCCAACAGAGUUCAUUUUUCUUUGUGAUAGUAGAGAUGCAAAAAUAUUUUGGUUGUACAUUUAAAAUAAAUGAAGAUUUUUUUUUAAGUAUCUUUUACAAGAUAAUGCAGAUUUUUUUUAGUAAAACCACUGAGAAACCCUUACAAUUUGUUACCACCAGUAGAAUUUCUUUUUUCUUUGAAGCCUAAUUGUGGCAUGCUAAUUAUCUCAGAUUGUCAAAAUAACAAAAAAAAAUUCUCUUUCAGCCUCUCCUAGUGAGUAGAUUUCCCUAAUGUGGCAAGCUUAGUUCUUCGAAAUCCUCACGGCCACCUAGCCGAUUGCAGUGUUACUUCACAUCACUGUUACUUUAAAGAGAGGAAAUCUUGCUGAAAUACUUUUUAACAGGUAAUAAAGCAAGAAUCCAAGCCUACAAUUAUAAAUGUAAUUGGCUUAAAGGGUUAAGAAUUACUGGGAAAUUGUUGACAAAAGUUUUGAUGACAGAUGAUGAAGUAAGUAAGAUAAAUCUUCCCCUUCCCAAGAAGAAAAGACAUUGAAUUUCUUAAGCCUUUAUCACCUGCAUAUUAUCAGGUAUAUUGCAACAACACCAACUGCAAUUCUGCCACAGUAGGUUGAUGUGAAAUGUUAAAAGGUUAGUAUGGCUCCACCAAAAUCUUUGUGAAAUUUUUUUUGUCCUUGGUGAAUCCUUGGAAUAACAUACAUCAGUGGCUCCCAAUCUUCUUGAAUUAAAGCCUCACUUGUUCACAGUCAAUACAAUACAUGCUCUCCUCCAUAAUGUCUGAUUAUGUCAUGGGCUGCUCCUUUUAAGGGGCUGGGACUGAAGCAGGGACUCUAUUUUUACUUUCUUGUGAAUUUUAUAACUAAAUUACUUAAUGUUAUUAAAGCCCCAUGGAUCCCUGCAGCCUUUGUUAUGCCCUCCCUCCUCUGGAAUAGAAAGGGAUCACACAUCCCAGAUUGGGAUAAACUAACAUGUACAAUAGUGCAAAUUGGUGACAUCUAGUGGUAAAAGUGAGUACUGUGAAUCCUCAGCAUUUUGGUUCAAGCUGGCUUUUUUGACCCCAAGUUUUGACCCCAAGUUGACUGUUUUCAGCUAUGAACAGCUGUUGUGUGCACAUAUCCAGCUUUAAAGUGACAUAAGUUUCAAUAGUUCUAAGUAGGCUAAAGAACUGAACACCAUAUUGUGCAAUAAUGUCUUCAAUAGUGUCAUGAUGGAGGUCAGUGAUGGUAAUUUUGAAUGGUAGACAAGUUGCUUUUUAGGUGUUUUUUGUUUUGGAAAUUUCUGCAUGAGGACUAAUAUAGCGUAGACCAUGAAGGAUUUAUAAAGAACAACUGAGUCAAACUAAUCACUGCUGAAAACUUAGCAACUAAUCAAGUGAUUUAUUUCAAAGUCCAUCUUGAUGACGUUUUGUACAGGCAACAUAUAUUAAUGGUGAGAAUUUCUGAAAUUUGCCAGCAAGCUUUGUGUGGAAUGUUUUUCUUUCAGGCCCUGAAUUAGGCUAGACCUUCAUUAAGUUUUUGAUUUAAUUUGUUUAGUGCUUUGCAUUUUGGAGAGUUGGAAAUGAGAAUACCAUGGCCAUUGUGGGACUUGCAGCUGGGUUGGCACCUGCUGGCCUGGUGCUACUGCAGUUGGUGCCAGCAUUUGAGGGGAGGUGAGGAAUGCAGACCUAAAGCAUUCCACAUAGAAUUUGAAUCUUUCUUCACUUGGGACAAUUUUCUGCUUUCUUUUUUAAAAUGGUAAAAGAUAUUUUUUUUAGUUGUACCAAUUUAAGAACAAGCAAUUUGUCAGUGACUUUGUAUUGUGCUUGUGCGUUUACUGUGAAAUUAAAAAAAAAUAAAAUUGUUGCGUGUUUUC